AUGUUGAAUAAUAUUUCUUCAUCUGGAAACAUAAACGUUCAAUACGAGCAAAAUAUUAACGGAAGGUUGAAAAACGAUAAAACGCCAACAAAAUCGUUUAAUGCCAAUGUUGAAUACACAAUUUGCAAUUACAACAGCUUUGAAAGCUAUGAAGAGAGGGUAGUUCUAAACACAAUGAAAACAUGUUCUAAUUACCAGAAAGGGGACAUUCUUAUUGAGAUCCUUCAACCUGUUAUGAACCGAACGAUUAAUACAAGAAUAAGCAAAAGCAAAAAAAACAAUCCCGAAUACAAAAGUGGGGUUCUGAGUCCUGAAGACGAAGCAGAAUCAUUGAUGAAAAAGACUAAAUUUCUCAAACGGAAGAGCAACCACCAUAAAGAACGGCAUGAUUGGUCUCGCCUCAGUACGAGCAAUAUCUGCAAAAUUCUGGAAGAUAUAUCAGGUAAAAAGGAUAGAACAAGGGUACAGUCCAGCUUGCUUCAGGAGAAAAUAUAUCCCCAAAAAGUUUGCAAUCAAAAGAUCAAGGAAAAUAAUCAAAAUUGGUCUCAGAUUCCUAAUGAAGAUAUAUGUGCACUUAUAGAAAGGAUUGCUAGUAGACGCAGUAAACCCCUUAAACGGACGAAUCAUCCAGAUUAUCAAGUUAAAGAAAUUACUGACGCUAUCGAUGCGGCAGGAGAUUGUAUGCGUAAGGUAGAAGGUAUGCAAACGCUGCUUGUUAAGGAUGAAGGAAGCUGUGAGAACAGUAGAAGGCGCGAUUUUAAUUCAAAAAGUAUUAUACCAAACACGAUAUCUCUUCCCUUCCAAAAGGACAGAAAACAGUUAAGAUCUACCCUACAAAGGAAAAGAAAAAGUUUAGUCACCAUCUCUGGGACUCAUCAUGGAAAGUUUAUUAUGAGAGAACUUGACAAUGAAUCGAUAGUUAAAUUGAAUUGUCCUGUCAACAGGUUUUUUAAUCAGGAAAAGGUGAUAUUAAAUCAUUCGUUUCAUCACGAGAUAAUCGUAUAUACAUAUACUGCUCUCCAAUUUAAAGUUGAAAAUAAUAUCUGGAAACUCAGGAAAUCUCCUAUCCAACUUCUCGAACCUGGGGUAAUAAAUACAACGAACAUAUUGCAUCCCGUUUCGGUACCACAAGGUUUAUACGGUGACUUCACGGUGUUUCUCUCAAAAAAUCUAACUGAUCCUAAAAAGUUCAUUGAUGGUUGCUGUUUUAGUUUACAGGAGUUGAGGUCACUGACCUGUGCUUUUGGAACAUAUCAGAAAAAUGAACUACAUCAUCGCAUUGCUUACCACACAACAACGAUAGAAAUGGAUUAUUAUUCGAGUACACAAUACGAAAAGAAAAAGCCUCACAAGAAUGCGAUUUUUAGAAAUAGGACGCACGCAAAUAGCUGGUUGACACCAAAGAAAGUUUGUGUUCACCGCUUGGAUAGCGCAGGAUGUUCUCAUAGGUUUCAACCUGCAGAAAAGAAGGAAAACCACAAGGAUGUGAACAGUCUGCAAGGUAAUGAUACCCGUCAAAGAAAUAUUAUUUCUGAUUUACGGAAUUUUUUCCUAAAGUUUUACUGUAAUGGCUGCUCUAAGAAAACUGAUCUGUCAAAAAUAUUAUUCUAUGACGAUUUCACGGAAAAAUGGGUAAAAAUGGGGGAAUUGGUGCACCACUAA